AUCAGUAAUUUUUGAGCGCGCGUGAUAGUGUAUCACUUUGCAACCAAAAAAUGUUCAUUAAAAUCCUCUGACGCUUGUAAAACGCCAGAAAAUCGCAAAUCAUUUAUUUAUUAGUAAAAUAAUGAUUAAAAAACGUUUAUAACAUAUGUUGUGUACAUAAUAUAAUAUAGUUUUAGUUUUUAAGGAAAAUAAAAUGAAUUACUGCCGCGGCUAUGGCUGAGCCAUCGUUCAGCUGAAAUCGAUGCGAUCAUUUCACUACAACAGAAGAAAAACGAAAAAUGCGCUGGAUAUUUCCCGUUCCAGUUCUCCUCAUGUCCUGGUUCGGUGUGGACCAAGUUAAAGGGAAUUCCUGCAUCAGAACUGCAAUAUGGGCUAUAGCUCUCAGCCCCCUAAUACAGGCGGAAUGCCAGACCCGCACGAUAUACUGUUACGAGUGUGACAGCUGGUCGGACCCGCGAUGCAAGGACCCGUUCAACUACACGGCGCUGCCGCGGGACCAGCCCCCGCUCCAGACCUGUAACGGGUGCUGCGUCAAAAUGGUGCGCUAUUCCAAAAGCCCUUACGAGGUCGUCAGACGAACGUGCACUUCUCAACUACAAAUAAACUUGUUCAUGGUGGACCACGUGUGCAUGAUGGAAAGUACUGGCACUGGUCACAUGUGUUUCUGUGAGGAGGACAUGUGUAACGGGGCGCCGGCCAGGACGGCCGCAGUCCUGGCCGUUGUCGCGGCGCUAGCGCUCGCAUGCUGCAUGAGGUGAAGUCGGACGCUAGACUCCCGAUGGCGGUUAUCGAUUCGUGACUAUCGAACUUUUCAUAUCGAUGCUUUCACAUCACUAAUGAAAGGACCGAUCUUAGAGUCAUGACUAGAGCUUAAGAUUCGUACGUGUGUAGUGAUGUGAAAAGUACAUAUCGAUUUUUUUUUUUAGUUAAUCGAUGAUCGUUAUCAACGUGACCGACCUAGUUGAGAAUUGACUUUUCGUCCGAUAGUAGAUGUAGUUUUAGAAUUUCGAGUGCUUAGUUUUUACAACACAGCUUCUAAUACGAAGGCGAGGACUAACGAGCCACGAACAUCUUCGCUUCGGAAGACAUUUUGUAAGACUCACAAUUACUAACUCCAGUUCGCUAGACACUCACGCUGCUCUUCAACAUCACUCAUUUAGAUCAAUCAUCGUUUGACUCGCAGACGUCGUGCCCUCGACCGACACACGAUGAUUUCAAUUCUCCGGACAACCGUGUGAUAUUUACUCACUUACCUUCGCAACCAACGACACUGUUAAUGUCAUGACGUUGACACGGUCGUCCGCCAGCGUGAGCCAAAGAGUCACGUUAAAAUUCGUCUUUCAACUAUAAUCAGUGAUGUUGAAACUAAGCACGUAUUUUUCUCUCAUCUAAAGCAUAAAUUGAAGUUUACGCUAUAAAUAAUGAUAGUUAAAAAACGACCAUGUUUCAAAUUAGCGUGUAUAUAUGCUCAGACGGGCCGUCUGCAUGCCUCGGGUACAGGAGUGCGGCCGCCGCGGCUCGCCACAACUUAGGUUAGCUACGUGGAUAUUCUACGGUGUACCAUAGACCACGGUUUUGCUCAUAGACUUUAUAGGUUCGAGCUGAAUAGACAAGAAAUAGAUUAUAAAGUCGUAAUGAAGAGUGAAAAACAGGAAUAGGUGCCUGGAUUACAAUUUAUCUCACUUUAAUUUUAAUUUUUUUUUUUGGGAAAGUUCCUAAAAAAGCCGAAGUAAAUGCGUGCUGUUUUUAAUCCAAUGUUUUUUUCUGUCAAUUGUCCGAAAGAGUGAAAAAUGACAUUAGGAUCGGUAACGCUAGACCAUAGGGUUUAAUAAGUGGUUUUUUAAAUUAUAAGGGUUUGUUAGCUAAUACUGUUACAUUAAAACUAAAAUUUAACGUUUUAUUAAAUGUGUAAUAAUAUUAAUUUUACGAAAUUUUAACACCAAUUAAAAAUAUAUCUAUAUAUUGUUAAGUUUAACGCUUAGAGUUUGAUAAGCAUGCCCAAAUAGAACAAAAAAAAAACAUAGUUUAUAACCAGACGAAUAAUCGAUAAUGACAAAUAAUAAAUCGAUAUACAGAGCAGAGUUAGUGCGCGCGUAACGAUACGAGCGACGUCACUAGUGAAUAUAAUUCGAAUAAUAUUAGGUAAUACGCAAGUAUUGAGUUCGUCAGAUACCAGAGAAUUUGUACAGAACACACACGCGAACUCUCUAACUACCCUCUUUCAAUUAAACCACUCAAUCAUAUCAAUUGGAUAACUCGGUCUAAUUUACGUACGACCUCAGUCGGAGCUGGCUGCGGAGGCGUUCCAUGGUCAUUUCCGCAGCGCUGGUGUAUAUAUCGUUCAUCGCUUAUAUGCCCUACGAGAUGAGCGACAUUUCAGUGUCAAUAUGUCGGGGAUCUGGUACGUGUUGCCCUCGGUUGGCGCGUUUUGAAAAUGCAUAUACAGAUCACACGAACUUCUAAUUCCCCCCUACCAGCUAAACCCCCGCGCUAGAUUAUCAAUUGAGUGCUUUAAUUGAAAUAAACUCUGUUUCAUCUUGAAUAAGAAUAAAAAUAGCAUGUAACAUUAACGUGUCUACAAAGUCGUUAUUAUUUAAUUGACGAAAUAGGAACAACCUUCCCUGUUCUUUAGCGUAAUUAUUUUAAUAUUGACCAGACAUUGUUUGAUCGUACGUCGCUGUCGACAAGUUUGAGAAUCGGAUGAAGCGUUUUUUAAAUUUGAGAAAUGAAAAGUUACUGCGACGGAUCUUGAAGGAAAAUACUUGCUAAUGAUUAAUACGAGAUUUUCUUCCGUAUGACCCUGUAUUUGGUACAUUUACAAUAUUAAAAUUAUGUAAAAAUUUGAAAGCUACAACGGAUUAGUUUCACAUAUUUAUAACAAGUCUUUUAUUUUAAAGACCGUGUUGCUAGUUAAGUUAUCUCAAAAGUUACAUUCCGUGACAGUUACUAAUUUUGUCUUCGAGCCGGACCCGCCUUGACCAGGCUCAGGGGACCUGCUAGAUGAGCUCAGUGUACGGUAGUGGCAUUUCGUGGCUACUGCUAUCGCCCUCAAUACCAAGUAUUCUAUCUUUCCCUGUGUAACAUAAUUCAGGAGGUUUUCAGACGAGGUUUUUAAAAUCUUCAGCAAACGGCCUUUGGUUUCUGUACGAAUAUUAUUUGUGUUAAAAUAAUUCUGCCCAGACUUUAUAAAUCUUGAUAAAUUAUAUCCCUCGCUCUGACAACGAUUGUUCACGCAUGACCAUAGAUUAUACACGCAUGACCGAUGUCUGUGUGUCAUUCUUAAAUUUAAAUGACGUUUCCCGAAGCAAACGAAUUGAAACUAUUCAGGCGAUGUUCAAAAUGUUUGAUAUUUUCUGAAAUUAUCUUUGACCUCGAAUUUCAAAUAUUUUUUAGAUUGUUGAAAAAGUGCUUGACUGUAUCAAAUCGGCUGACUUGACGUUCAAAUUAUGGCUGGUCUCCCAACAAUUAACUGCAGUUAACGUUAAAGUAAAACGCAGUUACAAACGUUAGUAAACAAUCAUUGCAACAGAAAGGGAAACGGAGUAUUCUAGAAUAAAAAUAAUGACGUCAUCAAUAGAGUUGUGAAUGUAUCCUCGAUGCUCCGUCGACCUGAGGGACCGUUGCAUGUUUGGUCGGUGGUCGUCCAGUGGCUGCGAUCAAAAUAAGAAUAGGGCGGUCAAGACCUCUAGCCAUCCGAUAUUAAUGUAUAAAAAUAAUAAUUUCCACUAGUGAAUCUUAAUGAUUACAUUCGAUUAACAACCAAAAUUGGCGAAAGGUUUGCCGUUUUCUUAUUUUGACAAGUGAAUACAGCAUGACACUGCACAUUAGUCGGGCUUCCACGCAGCCAGGGCGGCCGGACCAAGUCGUCUCAUCGCAUCUGGAUGAAGUUAGCUGAUGAACUAAAAAUGGAAUUUAAAAAAUACAAAUUCAUUGUUGAGCAUUAUCGGGAAGAGAGCUACAGCAACAUAUAUACUAUAACAAUUCGGUAACAAUUAAUGUGCCAGGUUGUCGACGUUCCGUCGGACUCGUCGCCUUUCCGCAUUAAAAGUGUACAAUUUCCUAAAAUAUUAGAAAUCGAGUUAAUAUGCGGAAUCAUUUGGUAUCACCAGUAUUUUUCUCAGAAAUACUGUCAAAAGAGCGUAGUUUAGUUUUUUUUUUUAUUUAUCUAUAUUUGACUACUAUUAACAAAAUUAAUAAAUAAUUUUAUCUGACUUUAAAAGACAGAUAAUGUAUCUGAUAAAAAAUAAAAAAUAAAUGUUGCAAAGAUGAUUAAUCUUAAAAAUAUCACAUAUUAAACCUUUAAAACAGUCUCCUAUAAAAUUAGUCAGUUUUGAGAUUAUACAGUUUUAAUGCGAGAAAACCACGUCUUGAUCUGCUGUAACGCUGACUUGAUGGAUAACCACGUGAAAUCGCAUUCUAUGUUUUUUUUUACCCCUGUAUAGAACAGUUAAAUGAUUAUUUCAACAUUAUGCGUAUUUUAUGUAAAUUACAUGAGUUCUUCCGCGCGAUUACAAUAUAAUUUCGAAUUAAAAUAAGUAAUAAUGAUAUCUAUAAAUACGAUACAACUGAUGUACAAAUAAAAUGCUCAACGCUUCGAUAUUAAUUAUUGACUGAAGUCGCUACGGGAAAAGUUUAGCAGCUAUCUUGACUGGCGUAAUUACUAGAUAUAUCGCGAACGGUGAACUAUUGUCAUUGUAUCUCGUGAUUGUAAUCAAUUUCGAUAAAUGAAAACUUUUAUGGUCCUAUACCUCAAUAAAUGAGUUGUUUGGCCACUACGGUAGCAUAGCUGCUCUUAACUUAUCAACUUUCAUUUCCCAAAAGUUGACAAUCACGAGAUUACAUACAGACAAAUCGUUGUCCAUUAAUCAUAUCGUAUAAAAAAAAAUCAAUUCGCUUAUAAUUUUUAUUGAACUUAGUAGAAUAAGAACAUUAUGUAGUGUCGUUUUAUACUUUUUGUAAAGAUACAACUACCCACUCUUCGCGAUAAAGAAAUGCGAAAGGAUUCAUUCAUAGUUCGAAUGAAUUAAUUUAUGAAAAGCUCACGUCUGGGAAACGCAAGAAACUGGACGAUGGUUGUUCGCGGAGAUCAAAGUAUAGAACGACACGUAAAGAAUUUUAAAGUCUUCACUUGUAACAGCUGCACAUCACGCGAACUAAUGACAUGGCUGAGGUAUCUCGUAGUCAGUUUAUUUUGCUCCAACAUUUAAGAUUUUCCAUAUCGUCGGGCCCAGGGCCGAGGGAAACCCGUCGCUGGCGGCUCCCACAUAUUAGUUUUAUUUCUAUUUAUAUAUAUCACUAGAAAUACAAGAUGGAUAUGUUUAAAUAUGGAUUUUGGGAAAGCAUGUAUUUAAAAUAACAUCUAACAACAGAUGAGACGACAUUUAUUUUACCCUUAAUUAUGUAUAUAGCGGUGUCCUCGCGUGACUGUCAAUAACUACAUUGAUGAUCAGUUAAAUGACAUUGACGUUUAGUUCUUUUGAACAGAUCUAGAAAGGAUGUGAUUUUGCUCAAUUCGUGGUCGUCCUGCUGUAUGUGAAAAAUAAUUUAUCGUCUCAUCUAAAUAUUUUUUAUUAAAAAGUUGCACUUUUUCACUAACAAGCAAACUCCGCUUUGCGAAUAAACAAUACGGCCUCCGAUUUACAAUUGUCAAAUACAAAUAGUAACUAAACGACAUUACGACAUCAAAGAAUUUCACUACAAACUAUUUCAUAUGGCACGUGUAGUGGAACUGUCUCCUGCCUACAACAGGGAGUUCUUCUUCUUUCUUUCUUAUUACCCUCUGCUGAGAUGUAGGGCUUGAAUCAAAUCCUUCCAUUUACAUCGGUCUCGGGCAGUCUGUUCUAGCUCCUCCCACGUCAUACCCAAGACGCCUAGCUCCUGCUCCAUCGAGCGAGGCCAAGUUGUUCUGGGACGGACUCUCUUCCUAUUGCCAAACACUUUCCAGGUCAGUGCUCUCUUGGAUAGAUGGGUAUCGGGCACUUCCGUGUAAGGAUCUCCUUCUCCAUUGGUAUCUGCUUGGUGAUCUAGGGAUCCAGGUGUAACAGGGAGUUCGGAGGAAAUUAAUCCCGUAAAACGAUAAGGAUGAUUAACUUAACGCCAUCGUUAAGUUAAUCAUCAACAGACCAAUAAUAAUGAUACUGUUAUCAUUAUCGUCGGUUUGUAUUAAGGCGAUAGUUUGUUCCCGUGGCUUCUAACUGAGGAAAUAGUUGCAUUCCAAUUGGACCUUAGAGCUACAUAACAAAUCAUCAACUCGUAGACAGGAGACGUAGACGUCUACAAGUAGACGGUAGACAGUCUGUUUAGUGAAUAGUCCUAGCAUUUCAUUGAAAGUGGAAAUAUCACAUAUAAAGUUGAAUGUCGUUUAGUCACUAUUACCGUCCACACGUGACCUGUAGACAGAUUUUUCUCUUGUCACUCGCCGGUCUCUACCAUUUGUAACGUUUUCUUCCCGUGACCAAAGCUUUUAACGGGUCACCGGCAGAAAACGACUUGGAAUUUUGUAAAACAAUAAAAUACGACCGGUUUUCAAGUAGCUGUACUGUAAUUCUAGCAGAAAUAUUUAAUGACAUUAGACCUUCAUUACUAGAAGACGGUCGUUCUCUCAUCCGUAGGAUCAGAUGCGUUAUCACCGGAGCAAUUGUGGAGGAUGAAUGCAUCCUUCAAUUAUUUGCUGUAUUUGAAAACUCAAUCAAAUGUAAGAACAUUUUUAACAAGAAUGUGUCAACACAUUCAUGAUGUUAGCCAAUUUCUAGUGCUGAGGAUUUCCAACAAGUCGAUUGGAACAUCCCAAUAAGCAGGUGCUUAAUGUGGGCCCUAUAAAUGUGAAAUGUGACAACGUUAUGUUGAGUUCUAACACUGUAACUUCAUGUACUUUUGCCUCAAUUAUUACAUUUACAAAAAAAAAAUCCCUCUCAAAAAUGUCUGUAAUGUCAACUGUCAAAGUUAACCGGUCGUAUGCACCUGCUUAAAGAAUAAUAAUUUAUAGUUUAUAAUAUAAUCAAACAAUAUUGAUGCUAUCGGAAACUGUGUACCUGUUGUCAAAAAGAGUACGUCCUUAAAAAUGGUUUUUCAUAUUAAAAUAUAUUAAUAUUAUACACGAAACGCAUCAUAUCUUAUGAAAUGUUAAACACAAUAAAGAUACAUCCACAUUUUUACGGAGAAAAAAAAAAUAUAUAUAUUGAUAUUUUGUUAUGUAUUCAAGAGACAAUAUUUGUAGCAAACGUUGGUUAAAUAAUAUCGCAUUUGUUUUGUUUGAUUGCGUUCUCACUGUUAACGAAAUAAAAACGUCAGAUCAUCAAGUGCCAUAAUUAUAAAAUACGUUGUUAUAUAA